AUGUCUACGAGUGAUUGCAAGGACGAGACUAGCCCCGUGCCGGAAACCCUACCAAUUUACCGCCAGAAAGGACGUGGCCUUGGUGUCGCCUUCAGGAACAUAACCGUUCAGGGUCGUUCAGGCAGUCAACGGACAGUUCUCGACCUUCCCCAGAUCUUCGUCGAGAUUAUUAAGGCCCCAUAUCAGACAGUACGCCAUAGGAUUGGUAAUAAGCCCGUUCCAAAACGCAAUCUUAUUCAAGAUGUCUCCGGCGUUCUGUUUCCCGGGGAAACAAUGAUUGUCCUCGGACGGCCAGGCUCAGGGUGUACGACACUGUUGAAAGUAAUCGCAAACAACCGCGACUCGUUUAUGGCUGUCGAUGGAGACGUACACUAUGCCGGUAUCCCAGCUCGGGAAAUGACUGGUGCACUAAAGUCUGAGAUUGUCUACAGCUCUGAGGAAGACCUGCACUUCCCAACCCUCCCGGUGAAAGAUACCUUGGACUUUGCUUUGAAACUGCGACGGCCCAAAAGUUACCCAAUGGAAGACGAUCAGUUCUCGUCUGACUAUACCAAACGAUUGUUGGGCUCACUUGGGAUGCUCCACACGUCGAAUACUAUCGUAGGAGACUCGUUCACUCGAGGCGUUUCAGGUGGAGAGCGCCGCCGUGUUUCCUUGGCAGAGUCUAUGGCCGUCAAUCCCGCUCUGGCAUGCUGGGACAACCCGAUUCGCGGCCUUGAUAGUUCAUCAGCGUUGGAUUUCCUUGGAUUGCUCAAAGAAAUGUCCGAGAUGACAGGAAUGAAUAAUGUGGUUACUUUAUACCAAGCAUCAGAAGCCAUGUACCAGAACUGUUUUGACAGAGUCAUACUUAUGUAUGAUGGUUUGAUGAUCUUCAGUGGAAAGACUGGAGAGGCAAAGCAGUACUUUCAAGACCUGGGAUUCCAUUGCCCGGAUCGACAAACAACCCCAGACUUUCUAACGUCUAUCACUUCCCCCGCCGAACGAACUAUUCGAGAGGACUACUCCGGUCCUCUAUAUCUUGAAGCGAAGCCCCUCGAACAGGCUUUCAGACAAAGUCCGUAUUAUGCUCGGUUACAAGCGGAACUGACUCAAUACCCAAAUCAGAUACAGUCAAAUACAGAAGUCCAACGCCAGUUUCGACAAAGCGCAUUGGAGAUUCGCUCCAAGAUGGCCACAAAGCGCGCUGUAGAGAUUUCAUCUCUCUGGAAGCAAGUCACAGAGGGGACUCGGAGAUACUACAGACUAUUCUGGGGUGACCGUAAUACCUUUUAUACCAUCCUGGCUCUAUGUAUUGUGAACGCUGUCAUCACUGGAUCGGGAUUCUACGCAGCUCCGAAGACUGCUUCAGGAUCCUUUGAGAGAAGUGGAGCCCUUUUCUUCGCUCUUGCCUACUUUUGUUUGAACUCUUUGACGGAGGUAGUCAAGACGGUGAAUGCACGAUCUAUUCUACUCAAGCAGCAUAACCUGGGCCUAAUAAGCCCUACUGCAUAUGCCAUUAUCCAGACGGUUGCUGAUAUCCCUGUCGCUCUUAUCCAAACGGCUGUCUUUUCCUGCUGUUAUUAUUUUAUUAUUGGAUUGAGUGAAUCAGCAUCUCAGUUCUUUAUUUUUCUCUUACUUGUAUUUGUGCACUACUGCGCCAUUGGAAGUAUGUUUCGGAUGUUGGGCUCAUGGGCCCCCAGCCUGAGUAUAUCACAUCUUUUGGCCGGGUGUGCUCUACCAGUGGCUUGUCUCUACUCCGGAUACGCUCCUCCAGUGCCGACAAUGCAUCGCUGGGGCUCAUGGAUUCGACGCAUCUCACCUACUCCCUAUGCCAUGGAGGCACUGAUGGGAAAUGAAUUCUAUAAUAUCAAUCUCCACUGCACAGACUCUCAAUUGAUCCCCUCGGGCCCGGGGUAUGACGAUAUCCGCUACCAGGCAUGUCCCAUGGCAGGCGCACAUCAGGGGUCAGCUUUAGUGGACGGUGCAACAUACGCACAAGCAAUGUAUGGAUUUUCACGGAAACACCUCUGGAGAAACUUUGGUAUUGUUCUGGUGAUGUGGUUCCUUUACACAGUCAUCGGAGCGGUGGGACUUACCGUCAUGACGCGGGAUAGCAGCAGCGCUGCAGGCCAUGUAUACAAGCGGAAUGCCCAGAAUCCUCGGGAUGAACACAGCGUCACCUUCACGUUCAACAAACUUAAUUAUUACGUGAACGUGGGAGGUAAGGAGAAGCAAUUGUUGUGCGAGAUUUCCGGCUACGUCAAACCUGGACAGCUUACUGCUUUGAUGGGUGCGUCGGGUGCUGGAAAGACCACACUGUUGGACAACCUCUCGCGUAGAAAGACCGACGGACGCGUGGAGGGCGAGAUUCUGCUGAAUGGUGCUCCCCUAAGUACGGCCUUUUCACGGUCUUGUGGUUUCUGCAUGCAGCAGGACAUUCAUGAGCCCACCGCGACAGUCCGAGAGGCAUUACAAUUCUCGGCCUACCUACGUCAGCCGGCUCAUAUCUCCAAAGAAGAGAAGAUGCAGUAUGUUGAGCACGUUAUCUCACUCCUCGAGCUUGAGGGUAUUGCGGAUGCAUUGAUUGGGACAGUCGGGGAUGGUCAUUUGAAUGUGGAGGAACGGAAACGGGUCACAAUUGGCGUUGAACUUGCAGCAAAGCCAUCGGCGCUCUUAUUCCUUGAUGAGCCCACAUCUGGUCUCGAUAGCCAGGCAGCGUAUUCAAUCGUUUCUUUCCUUCGGAGAAUUGCUGCUGAGGGGAUCCCAAUCGUUUGUACGAUCCACCAGCCUUCCGGUGUCCUUUUCGAGAUGUUCGAUCACGUUAUUUUACUCGCUCCAGGUGGGCGGACAGUGUAUUUCGGAGAAACAGGCAAGAAUGCAUCCGCCGUGGCCGCAUACUUUGCGAGGCACGGUGCCGUGAUGCGCGCAGAGGAGAAUCCAGCAGAGUUCAUCAUUUCCACCAUCGCCGCAAAAGGAGACGACAACAUGGACUGGCCUGAGAUUUGGAACAAGUCCCCUGAGUGCCAUGCCUUGCACCAAGCGGUUCAAGUGUUAAAUCAAAGUUCUCCCCUUAGUGAUAACGCCAUGACAGCCGCUAAUGAACGACCAUACGCAUUGAGUCUUCCAGCGCAGAUUGUGGCUCUUACCCAGCGCCACUGGAUCGCCAUCUGGAGGAAUGGACAAUAUAACUUUAGCCGGCUAUUCAAAUCCAUCUUCUUUGAGAUGUUUGUCUCGUUCACCUUCUUCCACGUCAACAAGAGCAGUCCUGGAUUGAAAAACCACAUGCUGGGUAUCUUGCUCUCAACCUGGGUUGUUCCUACAAUCUCCGCCGAUAUGCAGGCCAUCUGGUACGAGAAAUGGUCGAUAUUCGAGGCGCGGGAACGCAAUGGGAUCUAUGACUACAAGGCCCUCUUGUCGGCGUUGUUCCUCGUAGAGAUUCCCUGGCAAAUUAUCAUCUUCACGUUUAUCUUCAUUGUCUCCCACUGGACCCUUGGAUUCGCCAGUACUCCCAGUAUCGCUGGGUUUAUCUACUUCAUGUAUCUCCUAUUUGCUUUCUUCGGCCUUGGAUUUACCUACCUCAUGGCUGCUUUAUUCCCGAACCCGACCAUGGCCGGUUAUGCAAUGUCACUAUUCUGGGUCAUUCUUCUCAUGUUCUCUGGAGCCGCUAAUCCGCGCAGUGGGCUGAACGAUUUCUAUCGCCCCUGGCUAUUCUGGGCUGACCCUAUGACCUACUUCUUUGAACCGACUGUAUCCACGGUGCUCCAUGGGAUCCAGGCCCAAUGUGCUCCACAGGAUAUGGCUGUGUUCGAUCCUCCUUCGGGCCAAAGCUGUAUGGAUUAUGUAGCAGCAUAUUUGGAUGGAAAUCCAGGAUACCUGGCUAACCCCAACGCCACACAGAACUGUAACUUCUGCCCGUAUUCGACGGGAGAUGACUUAGCCAGAUCCCUCCAUUUCUUCUACGGGAGUCGAUGGCGGGACUGGGCCGUGUUUCUCGGAUUUGGCUUGACCAAUACUUUGCUCACUUUCCUGACAACCUGGAUUAUUCGCGUCAAGAUUCGGCAGUGGGGAAAGUAA